CGGAGCGCAGCGCAGCCCCCACCCCCGGCCGCGCCCCGCGCUCCCCGCGGCCACGCUGGCGCCCGGGGACCCUCCCGAGAUGCCGGUGCGCAGCGAGCGGUGCCGAGCGGGCGGGGCGGCGGGCUCGGCCUCUUCGUCACCCUCGGGGGCGGCCGCCAGCAGCCUGGUGCCGCCGCCCCCCAUCAACACGGCGCAGCCCGGCGUGGCCACCUCGCUGCUCUACAGCGGCGCCAAGUUCCGCGGGCAGCAGCGCAGCAAGGGCAACGCGUACGAGGUGGAGGUCGUCAUGCAGCAUGUGGAUAUGGAAAACUCCUAUCUCUGUGGAUACUUGAAGAUUAAAGGCCUUACAGAGGAGUACCCAACCCUCACCACGUUCUUUGAAGGUGAAAUAAUCAGUAAAAAACACCCUUUCUUAACACGCAAGUGGGACGCUGAUGAAGACGUGGAUCGUAAACACUGGGGAAAGUUCCAGGCUUUUUACCAGUAUGCAAAAACAUUUAACUCAGAUGACUUUGAUUAUGAGGAUCUGAAAAAUGGGGACUAUGUCUUCAUGAGAUGGAAGGAACAGUUCCUGGUGCCAGAUCACACCAUCAAAGACAUCAGUGGUGCUUCCUUUGCUGGUUUCUAUUACAUCUGCUUCCAGAAGUCAGCAGCAUCUAUAGAGGGCUAUUACUACCAUAGGAGUUCAGAAUGGUAUCAGUCAUUGAAUUUAACUCACGUCCCCGAGCACAGCGCUCCUAUCUACGAGUUCCGAUGACAGCUGCCUGGAACUGAUGCUGCACAGAAGCACAGGGGCAGGGGAGAGUGGCCUGCCAGGAGAACUGUGUCCCCAGCAGAGCAGGGGAGCGCACGGCUCCUCUCCUGCCCCUCGGACUCGCGAGAGAGAGCCUGAACGUUUCCCCCCUCACCCAGCCCGAGGAGUGUGGCUGCUGGAGCUUGAUCCUCCCUCCUGUCGAGUGGCGAUUUGAUCUUUAAUCUGGUUUUAAGCUACCUUUAAAUGCACUUUUCUUAUUGCACAGCUAGUUUCUCUAUCACUGAACCUUCCUCCCGGCUCUCCUCUGGAAGCUGUUUCUCAGUAGCUGGAAUCAGUGGUCUAUCCUCUGAGUAAUAAGAAAAUAUAAGCUCAGUGCUUAUAUUUUCAUUGUUACGGCCUGAUAUGGGUUGGAAAUCGCCAGGACUCGGGGCUUGUUGUCCACAUUGCCAGCUCUGCUGCUUCCAGAGCUGGGUCCCACGCGUGCGGCUCUGCUCGGCAGAGAGCUGCACGGCUCCAGAGGCUGUCGGGGAAGUGUUGGCUGAGGCAGAGAAGGCUGAAGGAGCCUUUGCUUUGUGCUGGCUGAGGAGAUAGCCAGAGCUGCAGGGCUUUCAGGGACGCUGGCCCUUUGGAGCUGGGAGCUCUGCUGGUGUCUGGAUCCACCACUGGCAAUUCUUUUGAUGUAUGGACUUCCAGGCUCUCAGUAAAGUGGAUCUGAACUCUGCUUAUAGGUGUAUAUUUGCUCUUUACUUAAGUUAAGGGUAAAAAAGAAAAGGAAAAAAAAAAGAAGAAAAAAAAAAGCCAACAAAAAAAGACUUUUAUGAUAAAUCUCUAUUUUUAUGGUUCCUUUUCCAAAGGACCCCAUGGCAAGUGCACAAGUACCUGGUUACACUCCCCCGUUUUCACAUUGAAAACUGGGAACGUUUCAUUAGUUUUUCUGUCUGUGUCUGUGCUCAGCUCGCUGCUUUGGGAGAGGAACGGGGAGGGGGGACAAGCCCUGAGCAGCCCCCUGGGGACAGCCCUGGCGCCGCUCAGCGCUCGUGCUCGCUCUUCAUGCUUCAACACCACUGCUUCAGACCUUUUUACAAGGCAAAAAAAAGAAAAGGAACCCCCCCCACUCCCCUCCCAGUUGCUUUCUUCUGACUUUGAAAUGUUUCAAGUGAUAUAACUUAAGGCUUGUGUGCCAAAGUGUGUGUGGCUGCGUGUGUGUGUGGGUGGGUUUGUUGGGUUGUUUUUUUAAAGACAUUUUAAAAGUUGGCCUCAGUUGUGUCUUUACUGUCACAGUCCCACCUGUGGGGCUUUGCUGAGAGUUUAGUUUGUGUUUUCCUGGCUGUUUUAAAAACACUCCCCUUGCAGCAGGUUUGUGUCGGCCGUUAAGGGAGCGGCAGCGAGGGCGGGUUCGCCGCUCCGAGCCCCCUACGUGCCUUGCACCAAGGUGGUCGGGCUGUUCUCCUUUUUCAUUCACUUUCUUCCUCUCAGCAGCAUCUCUGGUUUGUUGCUGCAGCCAAAUUGCUGGUUUAAGCCUUAAGGAGAAAGUGCUGGGGUCUGGGUGAGCCCGUUUCCUCUGUCCCACGUCUGGGUCUCCCAUGGUGGGAGCUGUGGCUGGUCGGGUGGUGUGGCUGCCGCCUGCCUCGUGUGCGCUGUGCCCCGGGGAUGGAGCCUUUCCCCGGCACAAAUGGAGAGAGAUCUGCUGAGGGGAGAAGGGGGAGGCCCGGCCCUGCCCCGUGGGGGCUGCGAGGGAGGCAGUGGGUGCCAUUGCCUGGCCUCUGGGAUGGGUGUGCAGAGCAGUGCGGAAAGAGUAGCUGUGAGAGGGACAGUUUGGAAGAGGAUUCCCCGUUUGUUGUGCUCCUCUCAGAGGAACUGGGGAUUCGUCCCCACAGGCGUGCUGAGGGAUGUCCUGGCUCUGGUGCUGUGCUGUGACUAGUGUGAGGGUGCUGCCCUGUGCCCUGUGGGUGCAGAGGCACAGCAGCGCUGGCUCUGUGCAGACCCCCAGAGCUGUCUGUGCAAUACCCAUGGCAGUUCCCUCCCUUGAGCCUGACACUCGGGUUUCUGACAUGCUUUAGUUGAAUUACACUGUGGUUGUUGGCAGAAGCUGGGUUAAGAAGAAAUGUGAGGCUGUUUAAUAACUACUCCAAAGUCCUUGAAGUUAUUUCUCUGAGGCUUGGUAUGUUGUGAGAAGGGUGGGGAAGGAGUGUCUUGCUCUCUGCCUUUCUCCUUCCCACCAUAUUGAAGCCAGCUUUGUUGAAAUCCCAAACUGUCGGGGUGCUGCUGCCCCAUGGGACGUGUCUGGCGGGUGCAGAAGGGGUCAUGGAGCUGAGAGGUUUGCAGGGGCUGUCGAUGUUCAGAGCUUCCCUCCACCAAAGCUUUCCUUGUGUUUUUCUUUCCUUUGACCUGUUGGACGAGCUGAGAGACGUUAGGUAUGUUGCUGUGGUGAGAGAGAACUGACCUGGGGAGGAUCUGGGGGGAGGAGAUGAGAAAUGAGGUGUUUGGUCUGGGGUUGUGAUGUCUGUUUGGAAUGGCCCUGGCUGGGGAUGGGGUGUGCUUGUGGGCAGAGGGAGCAGGGGCUGAGGAGGCCUUUUGCAGAGCAAUGAACGUCCAAAUUAAACAUGACAUGUAUUUAA